UGUUGGUCCUGAUGUUUUGAGGAAGUUUUCGAAGAUAGAGAAUCUUUUCUUCUUCAGAGGAAGUGUGCGAUGUCAGCAUCAGUUGAAAUUAUAUUCUUUUGAGUGUGACUGAUAAUUUUGGUGUGGGAAAAUGAGCCAAAAUUGAAGGAAACGACGGUAAACUACUUCGAGUUUAGACAUUACCAGUCGAUUGAAGAGUAUAUACACGUGAUGACAGUGAACUAGUAAAUCAAGACGCCAAGGCUUCUCUCAUAUCUUCUCUUGAAGUUGCCAGACUGUGGAAAACAUCGAAAUACACAGCAACUCUCCAGAAAUUAUGGAUAUCGUGGAUGAUAUGAUGGGAAGCAGGACUUUGGAGCCUUCAAAUCAAGGGGGACAGAAGAAAGAGAAAGGAAAAAAAGCAAAUGGAAGAAGAGGACGAAGAUGGAUUUGUCUCUGCUGUACUUCAAGGGAAACUAGUGAAAGUGGUGACCAGACUCUAGGAAAUGUUGAAGGACAAAGUAUCGCAGAUUUGCAAGUUGAGAUAAGUGCAAGGGAAACAGAUUGCACACACUCCGAGGCUGAUGAAACCUCAGAAAGUGGUGGCCAGACUCUAGGAAAUGUUGAAGGACAAAAUAAAUCAGAUUUGCAAGUUGCGAUAAGUGCAAGUGAAACAGAUUGCACAGACUCCAAGGCUGAUGAAACCUCAGGACUCCUGAAUCAUUAACAUGGAAUGCCAGAAUCAAACGAAACUGCAGUGGGAGGCUUUUGGUCGGUGCAUUCUUCAUCGGACACUUUAACUUUCUCGUUCGAUGGGGUUGUCCUCACGCAAUUAACUUCAAUCAUUCUUAAACCUUAACCACAAACGGCAAAGCACUGGAACAAAAGCAAGAAGUUUGCUCGUUAUGGGUAUUGACCUUGGAAUGCUUUUCUACUUUAUGUAAUGAAACCAAACCAAAGUGCUUUGGUUAUCU